GCUAUCUACAUAUUCACUUUCCUACUCAAAAUUUAAAUUAAUCAUAUAAAUAUAUAUAUAUAUAUAAUAAAUAACAAUAAUGGCAACAGAAUCCAAGGGUGGUCUGUCUGACUAUGUGUCUACCAAGAUCUAUCAGUAUGAACUCCAGACAGCUCUUUACAUGUUGGAACCCUGGGAAAAGGCCUUGUUCAACACUCUCUUGUUGAGCAUCGUUUCCCUCUCUGCUGUCACAUUGUAUCAGUACACUCCACUGGUCUUUAACAAGCUGAUGACUUAAAAAAAAAGAAGACAUUCUUCUAAAGUUCCUUUAUCUCUAUCACUUUCUUACAUUCACACACACACUCACGCACAUACUAGACUCUUACACAUAAACAUGCGAGCUGUCUGUUUGUGUUCGUCUGUGCAUGUGUUUAAUCUCAUCAUGUCAUUCCUCCUCUUUACCAUCUCCACAAUACACACACCCACACAUAUAUAUUUUGUCUAGACUUUUGCAGUCCUAUUAAUUUCAACAACAAAAAAUCAAAAAUUCAAACACUUAAUACAAUUAUACUUUAUCUCUUUUUCUUAUAUAUACAUAAAAUAUUGUUAC